GUAAACAAGUUCGCCAUGCACAGGAGUUCUUGAAAUUUCCUGUUGUUGCUUUCUUGUCGAAAUGGCCUCCAAAUUGGGUGGAAGGCCCUCAGUGGAACAUGUUUCGUCCCUUGCAGAAGUUGUAGAGAUAAUUCUAUCUUUCUUGCCCGCCAGAGCGCUUUUUAGUUGCGCGCAUGUUAGCCGCUUGUGGCGAGACACUGCAAGACGAGUUCUUCGCUCUCGACGAAAAUUGGGAUGGCUUAGUUUUGAGGCUCACCGUGAACCUCACGUAACUCCUUGUACCUCUAAGCUCUCAAUGGAAAUGCUGGGACAGAAAAUUGUUGAAUUCUUGGAUGAGAUACCCAUGGUUCCUGCAGCCUGUAUCAUCUUACUAAGCAGAUGCAGGGAUUACUCUCAAGAAGGCAAAAAAGAUGACAUAAAAGCCUUAGUUACAACAGUAAAGGGAUGUUUACCUCGCUCAUGUGCCCUUGUUGGUAGUGUUGGAGCAGGAAUUAUUGGAACCACAGAGAAUGGUUUUGCUGAAGAGCUGGAAAGUACUGAAGGUGUUGCUUUAUUGCUCAUGCCGCAAAUAGAAGGUGUUUCAGCUGAGGUUAUUAAUUUGAGUGUUACAGAGGUUAAAAACAACAGAAAUUUCAAAUCUCGCUGGGAGAAAUCUUUGAGACUCCCCUCUGAUGGGAAAGUCAAGUGUGCUUUUCUCUUAGCGAAGGGUGACACAUAUAAUCUUGAUGUUAUAGGAAAAACAGCAUCAGGAAUUUGGCAGGUUUGUAACAAUGAAGAAGAUUAUAAGUCAGAUGUAGUAAUAAUCGGAGGACUUGUUGAGUCAUUUGUGAUGGUGGACAAUGAAGUGAAGAAUGCAGGUGUUGUUGGACUUGCAUUUACAGGAAAUGUUGAGGCUGUUUCAAUGGUUCAUCAUGGAGAAACUGCAGAAGGUGUUCAGCAAAGCCUGAAGCGGCUGAGGAAGUGUGGCAUUGCAUGCAACAAAAAUACGGCUUGUUUUAUGGUGUCAUGCAUUGGUCGAGGCAAGGAUUUUUACCACGCCAAGAAUGUUGAGACUGGAAUUUUCCAACAAGUAUUUCCUGGUAUUCCAGUGGUUGGUUUCUUUGGUAAUGGAGAACUGGGUCUGGAUCUGCAUUCACAUGAGGGAAAGCUUGAAAGAGAUGGCCAUUUUCUGCACUCUUAUUCAUCAGUAUUUUGUUUGUGUUCCUUGUCAUCACAAUCUAAUGACAGCUUACCCACUGAAGGCACAGGUAUAUCUGCAAUGAAGGAGCAGGAGAAAGAUAAAAGAGACAAGAAGCCAUCCAAGUGUGCCUGACUUAAAACAUGUGACUUGGUAAUCAAAGUACCAUAACCAUAUUUGUUGAAUGGCAGAUGAACUUAUGGAUUAGUAGAAUAAAUUUGUUUUGCUUUAUAAAUUACCUAACAGAGUACAUUUGUAUUUUCAGAUCUGAUUCAAUAAUUGUAUCUAACUUCUUUGAUUUUCCGUGUAAUAUUGUGAAAAAAAAUUUGUUUACUGGCUUUGAUGAAGUCUGUUUUGAACAGAGGUUGACAUUGGAAGUGUCUCCAUUGUAAGUUCAAGUUUUUCUUUGAUAAAUCAUAGUUGUCUGAGAAGAGGUCGUCUGAUCUUUGGAGGGCCUUUACUUGCACAAUGGUAAAUUGCAUAUUUAACAACUAUUCACCGAAGUGGAGGUGGUUAGUGGUGGAUAUUUACCAAGCCGCGAAGCGGCAAGGUAA